GUAUUUUUUGAGGGGAAAUGAAAUAAAUAAAGAAAAAAUCUUCUCUGCCCAAACCAGAAACAACUGCCAUUACCAUGGCGCGAACUACAACUGCCACUCUCUCUUCACCUUACUGCAUCCUUCACCGUUCCUCCUUUUCAUCUAAGCCCUCCUUUCUUCCAUUGCGCAUUUUCCCCAAAACACCAUCGCCCCCCACUUUUCCAAGGAUUUAUGCUUUGUCUAGUAAUGAUAUCAAAGUGGGCUCCAACAUUGAAGUUGAUGGGGCUCCUUGGCGAGUCCUAGAGUUUCUGCAUGUAAAACCAGGAAAGGGGGCGGCAUUUGUGAGGACCAAGAUGCGUAAUUAUGUUACAGGAAAUACUGUUGAUAAAACUUUCCGAGCUGGAAGUACGAUUGAAGAGGCAAAUGUAUUCAAGGAGGCAAAGCAGUUCACGUACAAAGAUGGAGUUCAGUUUGUUUUCAUGGACUUGAGUACUUUUGAAGAAUACCGUCUCAAUGAGGCAGAUGUCGGAGAUAAGACAAAGUGGCUAAAAGAGGGAAUGGACUGCAAUUUGCUAUUUUGGAAUGGAAAAGUUAUUGAUUUUGAACUUCCAAUCACAGUUCAACUGACUGUUGUUGAUGUGGAUCCUGGGCUCAAAGGUGACACUGCUCAAGGUGGAACAAAGCCAGCAACUCUGGACACAGGUGCUGUAGUUAAUGUUCCAUUGUUUGUUAACAUCGGCGCAGAAAUAUUGGUAGACACAAGAACUGGACAAUACAUGAGCAGGGCAUGAGUUUUGGAUUUGGAGUUUUUUUGUCUAUCGGGCUUAGAUAGCAGAAGAGUUGCCUGCCAUAUUUUAUUGCUGUUAGUUCUAUAAUACACAUGUAUUCAUCAUCUGAGAAAUCUCAUAGGGCACAGUUCUUUUUGUAAGAGAGACAAGGUACCUUUUCUCCCAGGCAUUGCAAGGCAGAAUAGCAUUUCUGAAUGAAAAGGGUCAUAUUGGCUCUGCUGUUGUAUCA